AUCGCAAAACGAAUCUUCGCUAGAACAACGUUAUCACAACGUCGAUCCCGAGGUGUCUAAAAAGGACUCGUUCUAUAAGCUACAGGUAUGUAAGUAUACCAUAAAUAUAACACUUUUUAUCGUCGAAUUUCGUUAGUUCAAGCAUUCGCAAUCGGAAUCCGCGAUCUGGAAUAUUUUAUCGCGCGCCUACGCGGCGAGAUAACGCGAUUAGCGCAACUUUUAUUCGUCAAAUAUAAGUGAAGAGAGAAAUGUGCGGGAAUGAUUCUUCGAAUAUUUAUCGAGUCGUUCACCUUGCUAAAAAGUGGAUCCGUGCAUCAUUACAUUCGACAAUUAUCAGGAUCACGUUAGAACCGACGUAGCAAUACGCUAACGUAAAAAGAAACACCCCCGGCGGGUAGCUAACCCUCCGCGCCAUCCAUCAGCCAAAUUGGCUCCGAAUUAUUCCAGGCUCGUCUGCAGGGUAUCGAGCGUCGUGUUGCCUAUACGGUAAAAAAAUAUAUACAUACCCCCCCGUCGUCAUACGAUAUGCAUAUAUCCACCGCCUCUCUCGGCCACCAUGUAGGUGUCAACACUGUACAGUGUGUAUAGACAUACAAAGAGUAUAGGGUAUAAUAUAAUAUAGCCACAGCAGUAUCAGUAUAGUGUGCUAGUAUAUAUAGCUGGUAUAUACACGGGCAGCUACUCGCGCGCAUAUCUGACGCGGCCGCUCACCCCCGCGCGCUCUGUAUAUAGCUGCUGCGCGGGCGCGUGAACGUCAAUAAAGACGCUCGAGCUCGUGUCUAAAGCAUAUAUUUUCUCGAGCAUCAAUCAUACAAACAGCAGCAGCAGCAGCAGCAGCAGCAGCAGCAGCAUCAGAGCAAGAGGGAGAGAGCCAAAAAGAGCCGACGAGCAGACGAGCGCGAGCAGCAGCAGAUGGAGGCAGCACUGCUGAAAAUGGCCGACUGCGAGAAGGAGGAGGCUCACAAUCUCCAAAUGGAAUUCGAAUGGGUGCUCCACGAGGAGGUGCACUCGUCGCUUUCACAGCUACGCAACAUUUUAAUGGAAUGUGCACAGCGGUUUCCAUUGGCACUCUUUGGAAAUGAUCAGCAGCACAAGACCGACAGAUUUGUGUUUGCUGCUCCCCAUGACCAGGUCAAAUGUGUUGUUGUUCUCACUGGUGACAGUAUUACGAAUGCUGAAGUGAAUUUUAAAGUUCAGCGACAACAAAAUGCUAAUAUGAGAACCAGCAUACAGAAUGAUCAUCCUUGGAAGUUGCAGCAAAUUCAAGAUGCUGCCAACCACUUACAGCAAGCAAUCGCUCACAUCGACAAUGUCGACAGACAUUACUCUUUCAAGACUUCUGAUGAAGUUAUGCAUGUCUUAGGUAAUAUUUUAGGAUGCCUACAGCGCAGUAGGACAAGCUUAAUUGUGCCCAGGAAAAAGAAUCUAGACGAUCUCAUAAAAAGUCGCAAUAUGAAAUCUCUAAAUCCAAACUUGCCUGAAAAUUUGGCUAUUAGUUUCUAUAUCCAAAGCUACAAGCUGGUACUUGCAGUUUAUCAAUUGGAAAAUGCUCAUGGAAGUGUAAAGUACGAAACUCAGCAGGCUGAGUGCAGUGUUCCCUGGCUCAACGAGGCAUUGGUACUACUCACAAUUGCACUUCAGCUCUGUCAAAGAUUGAAAGACAAGAUCUGCGUAUUUUCUCAGUAUAAAGACUUCACAGUAGGUUCCCGCGUUCCUUCGGCCUUGGGAUUACGAGAGUAAGACGUCCAAUAAAUAAAUCUACUAUAUAUACAUAUAUAGAAGUCAAAAGGGCCAACCCCCGACUAGUCGGUAAUUUGCACCGUGACAUAAGAAAAAACGCAAAGAGUGUACUUUGCCAACUACGUGCCUAGUUUCACUGUUAAUUUUUUUCGUAGUAUUCACAGAACGAAAUCCUACGCACGGAGCGUAUUACGUCCCACGCGAGACGUAUAAAUUGGAAGCUUGCGUAAAGCUCAUUUCGCUCGUGUACGUGACGGUGUACACCCGAGUUGCCAACUUAUGUAUUCGUACAUAAAACGGCGACUUAGUUAUAUGCAUACAUUAAAUAGAGAAAGAAAUGCAAAAAGUGCCUCGUCUGUUGAAGCAGUUUAUCAUGAAACAAAAUUCGUCGAGCUAAUAGCAGUCACGCCAAUCUUUUUUUUUACGAAUGACUUUGUUCCCACGUAAUCUAGUUUUAUAGAGUACAUUUUAUAGCUUUUAUCGGAACGCGAGCGUCCAUACGUUAAUCUAUUUUUUAUUAUUUAUAUAGUUUCUUUUUUAUGUAUAUUUUAUUUUUAGAUAUUUUACUACUUUAUAAUCAACACAACACGAAAAGAGAUAGUACUUGGUCUGCUAGAACGAUGAACCGCUUUAACGGGGCGAAGCAGUAUAUAUGUAGAACUAGGUAAUUCGCAAUUUGAUCUCGCAAGAGGUUAUUGUUAAUCCAUUAUUGUUAUGCCAAAGAGGCAAGCGAUUAUACCAAGUAAUUUACUAGUAAAAACGUGCGUUCAACCAUAGAAGGCGUCAAUUAACCGAUUUCCCUUGUCGUUUUAAAUCAGGAACAUUUUCGACUUGUUGGUGCGAUACUUUUCUAUAUGAUCUGAGACUAUACACGCUUUGCUUGGCGCAAAUCGCUCCUGUACUGCGAGGAGUAUAUCGAGUAUUACGAGCAUCGGUACAUUAUCCAACUAAGCAUCAUACAUUAUAUCGCAACUAUAUUGUAUCCUCUUAAUAAACGUGUUUAUCAUAAGGGAAACUAAAGGAUAAAAAUUGAUAUAACGAAUCAAGUACUUAUUGAACAUGACCUCGCGCACUGCUGGAGUUCUAUCGCGCCGGCGUAGACGAGUAAAGGAAGAAUUGAAAAAAAAUAUAUAUAUAUAUAUAACAGAAUUUUAUUCUUACUCAAUUUUCAAUGUAUAUUGUAAAUACUUAUUCGCCGUUGUUGACCAUUGUAUUAUCCUCUAUGCAACUUUGGAGUGGAAGCUAUUGAUUUUCGAAAACAUCGAUGUCGCAUAACUUAUGCUGCGCGGUUCAUACCAUAUAUUAUGCAUACGAAAAAUACUCUAUUCACAAAGCUGACAGCUCUUUCGGAAGCCAACAGCACGCAUAUAUAUAUACACACACGUAAAAAGAAAUUUUGCAAUCCAAGAAAUUUUCUCUCCAAAGCCGACUGCAUGAUCAAUUGAAUUAAUUGAAGACUCAGUUGCCGACGCAGUUGACAUGUACAUGUAGACACGAGAGACGAAAAUUGUUGCCGCAGCUGCGCCGGCUACAUCUUCGUUUCUCCCUCGCGCCGCUGAUUAUGACUAAUGAACAAUGUCGUUUAAUUAAUUAAAUAUAACAUUAUGAUGAUUAUUAUUAUACUAUAGAUAUGAAUAUGCUAAUCUGCGAAGCUUAUCAUUUCGCCUGUACGAAGUGCUAAUAGGGUUCUAAGGACGUAUAUAUACGCUGCACCGGUGCGAGUGCGCUAUUAUAAUAUGACGACAGGAAGUGAGUAAUGAGAGGGAGAAAGUAUACAACGGCAUCGUCGCACCGGUGGCUGGCGUAUACAAUACAUAAAAUUCGACAAUAAUGCUGUAGACGUGCAUUUUGGCGUGCAAACGCAUCCGCUGCACUCUGUUUUCAUUGUUAUAUUCAUGAUAUUUCACGUAUGUGUAAUAAAUUUCUCAUUAUAAAAAACCAA